AAUAAUAAUAACAAUAUUGUUACCCGUGAUAAAUCGUUUGUCGUUAUCAGGGUCAAGCCGCAGUGUCCGUAGUUCGCGUGAGCUGCGUGUCGUCCGUGUCAUUGUCUCCCAUUAUUACCGUCGCCGUUUUUAACUUUUAUUAUAGUAUUAAUUACUAAUAAUUAUUAUUUAUUAUUUUAUUGCAUAUUAUUUAGAUCGCAAUAACCGUGUUCGUUCGGUCGCGUGCCCCAUAUAUCCGUCCUCUACAAUUCGGUGAUUAUACAUUUUAAAUAUUGUCAAUUGAGUCCGCAAAGUACCUUCUACCUACACGUACGUGUACGAUGACGCCGAGCCAGAUCCGUUUGUACAAAAUAAUCUAAUAACAUUUUGUAAUGAACACAUUAUCAGAGUCUGAUGUCAUUGACAAAUCACUCCAUGUUCCUGAAAUUAACCAAAUGGCUAAUGAUAAUGAGUUAAUAUUAUCACCAAAAAAACAUCUUGUUUGCUUUGCUACUGUCAAAGGGGAUUGUUUAGUGACAAAAAACGGUGCAUCGUAUGCUGGGAUUAAGGAGUGUCUGCUCAGUGAACGAAUGGUUGAUAAAGACGAACCAAUUGAAUCUGAAACUCAAAUCACAGACUCUGCAGUUCCUGAUCCUGAUACUGAUAGUGGAAUGGAAUCAUCAGCAUCUAGCUGGGAUAGAUCAGUUAAUGAAGUCAAAGAGCAUGCAUUUGCUAGGCUUGAAGAAGAGUUAAAAAAAGCCAAUGAAACAUUAAAACUCAGGGAUGAAGAAGUAUCACGUUUAAGUAGAAUACGUGCUGAUGUCGAAUCAGAAUUAGAAGAGUUAACUGCUAGUCUAUUUCAAGAAGCUCAUAAUAUGGUAAAAGAAGCAAACUUACGUCAGGCAGCUGCAACAAGAGCAUUAAAAGAAUCUUCAAUGAAAGUUGAUGUUUUAUCUGCAGAAGUGGCAGCAUUAAAAACUCUUGUACUAACUUCUACACCAAGUCAUCCUAAUUUAUCAAGAGAAGAUAGUAUCUCGAUGCCAGGGGGACUAAGUGGAGUUGGACUAUUUUAUCGUAAACAUAAGAGAUCUCCUUCGCACAAUAACCUAAAAUAUGGCCGAGAAAAUUCACCCCCGGAUUCUCCACUAAAGCAAAAGUCUAAUCAAGCAGUAACAGACACAGAAACUUUAAACAUAUCUAAUAGUGCUGAGAUUGAUCCAAAUGUCCAUCGUGAAUUUGUACUUUGGAUGAAAUCUCCUACUUUAGACAAAUCAGAUGCCUUCAUAAGUAGAAUAUACAGAGAAGAUAUCGAUCAAUGUCUAGAGUUUAAUAAUUCAACUUUGGCAAUGGAUGUUAGAAAUGCAAUAGAAUCUGGUAAUCUUUUUAUUGAGUCAAUGGACAAGUCAAAAUCUCAUUUCCCAAAAAAAUGUGCUUUAAUGGAGUUACCAUUGCUAUGUCUCUAUAGAAUGAAUUUAGGCGGAGCAGAUGGCGAAUGCUAUUGCAUAUCACAAAUUUGUCGAAAUAGAAUUACAGCUGUAUGUGAUUUCCUCAAUUAUCUCAGAUACAUUCAAAGAGGCUUGGUCAAAAGUCUAGAAAACGAUAUGUACUGGGAAAUCGUAAGACUGCGAAAACAAAUGAUGUUAGCUAAGUUGGGUUUAGCUUUGUCAUCAUAGUAUUGUUAAUGUAAGCAACUAAAAAAAGGAAAAUCUGAAUAUGUAAUAUUAUUAUAGCAACGUUAUUAAAUCAUGAUCGAAGGUAUAAAUAAUACAAAUGUAAAGUGCAAUUUUUGUGAUCAUAUCUUGUGAUUUUUUUAAAUUUUAUUGGAUAGUAAGUAUAAAUAUAUAUUAAGUAUAAUUUAAAUCUGAUGAUAUUGUGGAUUGAAAGUGCAAGACGCCUUAUAGUACACCUAUCAGUCUUAUAAUGAAAUAUCUAUAUCAACAGUAACUGUUGGUUAAAUGUCAAGCUAUUCUAAAGCCUCUGGCUACCCCCCACCAAUCUACUUAGUUUUUAUAUUUUUACUUAUCUCUGUGCAACUAUAAAUUUUAAUUGAAAAGUGAUAAAAAAUUAUAUUUUUACCAUAAUUUAAUUUUGGUAGGUACAUGCAAUUGUCUUGCCAAUUUAUGUGAAUGUGAUUUUAUAUUAUAUUAUUAUAUAAGGCAGUUAAUAUAUUUUGUAUUACUUACUGAACAAAUAGUUUAUAAUUGUUUACGAAAGAUCUGAAAUG